CCCAAUAUGUUUCGUCCUUGUUUUCUCCCAGCGGUGUUUUUCUCCACAUUUCGUCACGCGAAAAAAUCGUUCCUUUUUUUCUUUCUUUUGCUGGCAUUCGUGGUCGCCACAGUUCUGAUUUAUCAAAUUUUAUUUCUGGAAGGAUCUGAUCAUCUUGCACAACAUUCAGAGUCGCGUCAGAGGUGGAAUUCCCUUGAAGAAUGGCAGAAAAAAUUGCGUUACAAAUUGAAGCAGGGGAAACUUACAAGCAACAAGACAUUUUCACUUUGUCCUUCGCUUUCAGUUAAAAAAGUGUCUUCCUUGACUUCGUCGUCCUGUCGCUUACCCAAAGUGAGACAAGAAGCGUGUGCCCUGGCAAAGUCAGUUUUCUCGACAGAUCCUAGAAACCAGACUUGCAACAGCACCCAGAUAAAUUCUUGCAAAGUGAAGAAAACAGCUUGGGGGCUUCCUAAAAUCGAGUGUCACACAACCUCUUGUGGGUCUUCAGACAUUAUUUCUGUGGGCUUCAUUGAUCCGGAAGACGGUUCUGUUAGCUGGAAACACUUUUCUUUUCUUCAAGAUGUGGAGAAAACACUAAACAAUUAUGUUCAAACGACACCUACAGAUGCUUACUUCCCGUUUGCUUUUCUAAGAUGCGAUGAGUUCUGGAAUCCUACAGCUAAGACCCAGCUUUUUAUUCUUCCACCUAGAAGUGUUUCAGCCGAGAAACCGCGAUGGAAGUCUAACAAAAAACUAAUUAAUGUAAACAUCAUUCUUAUCGAUUCUGUGUCUAGACCUCAUUUCUAUCGCUCACUGCCUCAAACUGUGAAAGCUUUACGAAGUAUUAACUCAAAUUCUUCAUCACUUGUUUUAGAUUUUGAGCUUUUUCACGCCAUCAAGCAAAGGACGUUUGAAAGCAUUAAUGCCUUAUUUUCUGGGGAACUUAGUGACGCAAAAGAGUUUAUAAACCCAGUCCCUGUGAAAGCAGGUGUAAUGUUCGGCAAAUUUAAAUCACUGGGAUAUCAGACAAUGUGGCAAGAAGAUAUGUGUUGGACUCAUGAAUGGGGCCUGGUGAAGAACCUUAAAGUUCUUAACAAAAGCUUACCCUUAAGCAGAGUAUGGCAUAACUUAGCUAGGGCUCUACAAAAUAACUCAAUUGAUUUUACAGGAAUAACACACUCAAGUUGCGAAGUUUUAAAACGUUUUGGAAUUCUAGACAUUUUUCAUGGCCCCUCUAAUUUGUGCUAUGGAGGAAAGCAUUACCAUGCCUUGUUUUUGGACUAUUUAGAGCACUUUCUCAAGGAAUGACACUUGGAUUCAGAAAA